UUCAUAAGGGGCAACUUCUGCUUUCUUCCUCUCUUCAUAUGACGAGAACCACAGGAGAAAAGAGCAUUUGCCCUUUUCUUGUCUUAAGAUGAUUAUGAUUUUUGUGCUGCUUUUUCCUUUUCUAAGAGAAAUCACAGGUGCCACCUUCUUUUACCAUUAUGAAAGCGCAGAUCACUUGCUCAGCUGCUUGAAUACAUCAGCCAAUCGAGAUGAAACAAGAUGGUGGCUUGGAGCUCCUUGGAGCUCCUUGCAAGUAUUUUGUCCAAUGCACUGUGACCAAAGUGGGAAUCCCCUUAAUUCUACAGGACAAGAGGAUAGAUGCAGCAGUUCUCCAAACUGUACUCAAAGGAAUGUAUCCAUUGCUGCUUUCCCACAUGGUGGAAUAUUUGCAUGCUACACCUUGUCUGACAACAUGUCAGAUACACGCCCACUAUUUAAUUUUCGGGACAAUUGCAACAAUUUUAACUUCUUUAUUGUAGCAAUAAUAAAUAGCGCUGCAGAGGAAAAAAUCAAAACUAUUCCUGUGCUACCAGAGGAAUCUAAGUCUGUAAAAGAACAAUACAAUUUCAGCCUUUCUUGCAAAUUUGAGCUUGAUGACUCCAUUUUUGCUUUGUAUUGGAUUAAGGAGACUAAUAGGACUACUUGCCUUUCUUCUGUUUCAAAUGGAGACUUCUUUACAACUGGUGAUUUUUCUAAUGAUGUGAAUUGCUGUGUUGACACCAAGAUCAAAAAUUGGCAGGUCAACAAUUUGACUGGCCCGGCGGAGCGACACCAAAGUCAUGAGCUGACCGUUUUCAAUGUCACCACUUCUGACACUGGAGUGUAUUUCUGCCUGGUGGUUGCCUUCUCCCAGAAACAUGUGUGGAAAGUUGUAAACAAUGUGUCUGUAAAAGUGGAGAAACGCAACGGGAUAGUGCCUGUUUUUACAAAUGAGCUACAGAUCUCUUUGGGAGUGAUAGGAGGAAUUGCUCUCAUCAGUGGGAUAACAUUGUUCCUUCGCUGGAGGAAGAAUUCAAAAGGAAAACCAUCUGAAUUGCAUCAAAGGGAUUUGACCAACGCUGAAAUGGAAGAUGACUGCUCCCCAUAUGCAAUAUCCAGUCACAAUGAUAUAUGUGGAAAUGAAGUUGUGUAUUCCCUGGCCAUGAGUCCUGGUGUGGACCCAGCUCCUCUCUAUUGUUUGCCAGAUAGCAAAUCAGCUUCUGGAAUGCAGCCUGGAGAGAACUUGCAAGACAUUUAUGCUGUGGUGAAUAAAGAGAGAACUUUGGUAGUAUAACAGUUGAGUGUUAACCCUACGAUUACACACUGUCGAUCAGGGUGGGGAAUCUUUUUCAGCCCAAGGACUGCUGUGGGCAAUCUUCUGGGGACUGCAAGCCACCCCCCCCACACCCCCACACACCCCCACACACCUUCAUCUAGGCAAGCAAGAGGCAUUAUGGGGGCUCAAUGACACAUUCCAUGUGAGGGGCAUGCUCUGGGGAGAGGGAGUGUGGUCUGGGAAGUGUUUGUAGUUCACAUGGGGAGGAGGGGGUGUGUAUUCAGCCUUCAGACUUGAGGUUCCUCAUCCCUGCUUCAGAUUUACAACAUGGCAUAUUUUUCCCCAGACAGUGAUUUUUUUCAGUACUAGGAAAACCUAUACAAAUAAUGAGGUAACCCUUCACCUCUGACAAUAAUAUCAACCACAAAAUCUUCCCCAGAGGUUACACUUUACAACUUCUGCUGGUUUUUCUAAUAAGCUAUGCUAAGCUUCAAUACCUUUGUCUGAGAAAGAAGCCAUGAAUUUAACUAAUAUAGUACCUAUUUGGAUAAUAAACCGAAGAGGUACGCCUGGCGCCUACACUUCUAUCUUUUCGGCACCAGGUAAAGACCUUUUUAUGCUCCCAGGCAUUUUAAUUUUCUUAACCAUUUUAAUCUUUUAAUCCGUAUUUUUAAUUUUUGUCGUAUUGUGUUUUUGUAGUUUUUUUGUUGUUUGUUUGUAUAUGUUUUUAUGAUUUUUAUUAUGAUAUAUUGUAUUUUAUCUUGUUUGUUCACCGCCCUGAGAGCUAUUCUGCUAAGGGCGGUAUAUAAAUUGAAAUAAUAAAUAAAUAAAUAAUUUAUUUAUUUAUUUUUAAAAAGGCAAAAUUCUCCAAACCAACAAUCAUAAAGGUAGCUGGUUGGCUGGAUUUCACUUCUGGACACUAGAUGGCACCCUAACUCUUGCUAUGAAGCAAUUUUCGUUCUACAAGGGAUGUUCAGUUUUCUGCACAUCUGGAAAUCCCAGGUGCGCAUUGUGAUGUUCCUGCUUAUAGUGUAAA